CCGCUCUCCCUCCCCUGCGCCCGCGAGGCCGCGGCGCUCCGGCCGGCCGCCCUCCGGCCGCUCCCGCGGGGAGAGCGGGCGGCUGGACCCCGCGGGCCGGAAGAGGAAGCGCACACUCGGAUUGCGAGGCCGCCAACGUUCGCUAGGCGCCCCUAAGCACUGGCUGCUGCCGCUCGGACUCGCACGUCCGUUAUCUUGAUAGAGCCUGGCUCGGGUUGGGAUGCCGGGGACGGUCCGGGCUUACGGAGGAGGAAACGGAAGUCCGCAGAGGCGAAGGGGUUCGCCUGAGGUCCGCCGGUGGCGGAUGGGAUUCGCCUUCGGACUCGCUACUUUUUCCCCAGCCGGUGUUCCUUCCUCCCUCCUGCUUCCCUCUAGAUCCAUUCCUCCGCGCUCACUGUCUCGCUGCCAUUCUGUUCCACCCAUUCGCAGAAGGGUCUUUGCCCUUUCUGUCCAGCUUGCUCAUCCUCUUUAACUAAGCCUUGGUGUUCCUGCUGUCCUCUCUCGCAACAUUCCCUGCCACACCUCUCCCUUGUUCGUGGCUUUCAAGCCCCGUUGCCUCUCCUAAACUUCCUUAGCUGUAGACACGGAGGAGUGAAAUGGCUAGGCUCCAGUGAAGUGAUUUAAUUGGUCCUUACCGUAAAAACUAUGGGAUGCCAUUUCUGUAGGUCCCACCCCAAGACUCCCGAAGCUCUUUUUAACCCAACAUGCCAUUUUCAGAAUGAGGGCCUUCGCGCUUUGGGGAGGUGUCUUGAGUCUGCUAACAUUUCUUAAGCCCCACUUGCCACAUAGCUUUCUCACCUCUCCAUCACCUAUGUGGCAUAGAGGGCUUGAAGUCUAAACUGAUAACACGUAGUAACACAUUUUUUUCUAAACUAGACUAUCAACUGGCUUAGUGAUUAUUUUCCCAGGAAAGCUACCUAUCUCAUUUAUUUUCAAUCUUAACGGCAAGAAAACGAAGGCAAAAAAGGAACGCCCUUAAAAUAAAUAGGACAUCCUUAUCAAAAAAACAAAACAAACAAACCAUCUAGCUGGGUAUAGUCGUGCAUAACUGCAACCCCAGCAUUUGGGAGGCUGAGGCAAGAGGAUCUUGAGUUCGAGGCUAGCCUUGGCUACAAAGUGGAACCCUGUCUCCAAACAGACAAAUGAACACAAGUUAGAUGAUUAAAUUCAAGUUCCCUUUCUGUUAAAAAGUGGCCUAUAAUGCACAUUUUUAUUGUACUGAAUUUAUUCUCUGAAGAGCUCUAUAUGACAUGUAAAAGGAACUUAGGCACAUAGAAAUAAAUUCUUUGUGUGUGUGUGUGCUUGUGUGUGCUUGCGGCUUUACACGCACAUACCAUGGUCUUACGGAAAUCGGAGGAUAACUUUUGGGAGUCAGUUCUCCCCUUCCACUUCGUUGAGGCAGAGUCUCAAUUGCUGCACACUCCAGGCUAGCUGACCCUCCAACUUCGGCUGAUUCUCUUCUCUUGCCUCCCUUGCCACAUUAGGGGUGCUGGGUUUACAGACGCUCUGAUGCUUUCCAGGGAUCCUCAGGCUUCUGCCGUCUGCCACAAGUGCUUUUACCUUUGAACCAAUUCCCUAGCCUUAGAAAUAAAUCUGCCGAUUUCAAGGCUUUGCAAUUGACACCUCACAUCUAUAUGCCUUUUGUAACCUUUUAAAACGUUUUGUAUGUGUGAAGGUAUGUGUGUGCGAGUGCAGUUCCUGUAGAGACCUGAGGUGUUAGGUCCCCCAGAGAACUGGUCUUUGAGGUGGUUGUGAGCAGCCAGAAGUGGCUGCUGGGAACAGAACCUGGGGCCUCUGCAAUACCAUUAUUAGCUCUUAACCGUUGAACCAUUGCCAACCCACUUUUUUCAAUUUUUAAAGCCCUUUUAUACUUUUCUCUUUAAUGUGUUUGGGUCAAUAUUUACACUAUUGUUGGGAUUUAACUGCUCAGUUUGAGCUAUACAUUUCUGGAAGAAGUAUAUUUAGUGCUGACCUUGUUAGCAUAGGUCUGCAAAUUCAGCAUUCAGGAGGCCUAAGAAUUCAAGACCUGCCUGGCAUUUGUAAGACCUAUCAAAAACUAUAUAUAUCACAAACACAGUUUUAACAUAUUGGAGAUCCAAAAUAAUUCAGACAUUACACUAAAAAUCUGUCGGUUAAAUAUCAUUUUUGGAUUUUUAGGCUUAUUUUUUGACCAUAUGUGGUCCAUUUUAAUGAUCAACAAUCUCUUAUCUGGUAAGCAGGAUUGGAUGGUGAAAAAAGGAAAGAUUCCUGUGAGAAGAGAGCAGGAUGAACGAAGAGAUCUGUGCUUAAAGUUGGGCCAGGUGAAAAUGAUCUCUUUGAAAGUAGAAGAGAUCUGAGCAGAUGAAAAUACAAUCAGGAAAAUGCAACAUGGCAGCAGCAAUGGAAACAGAACAGCUGGGUGUUGAGAUAUUUGAAACUGCAGAGUGUGAGGAGGGAACUAUAGAAUCUCAGGAUCGACCUAAACUGGAGCCAUUUUAUGUAGAGCGAUAUUCUUGGAGUCAGCUGAAAAAGCUGCUUGCUGAUACCAGAAAAUACCAUGGCUACAUGAUGGCCAAGGCGCCACAUGACUUCAUGUUUGUGAAGAGAACGGAUCCCGAUGGACCUCACUCAGACAGGGUCUAUUAUCUUGCCAUGUCUGGUGAGAACAGAGAAAAUACACUGUUUUAUUCUGAAAUCCCUAAAACUAUCAACAGAGCAGCAGUCUUAAUGCUUUCUUGGAAGCCUCUUUUGGAUCUUUUUCAGGCGACAUUGGACUAUGGGAUGUAUUCUCGAGAGGAAGAGCUGCUCAGAGAAAGAAAGCGCAUCGGAACUGUGGGAAUCGCAGCUUAUGACUAUCACCCAGAAAGUGGAACAUUCCUGUUUCAAGCUGGUAGCGGAAUUUACCAUAUCAAAGAUGGAGGGCCGAAUGGGUUUACACAACAACCUUUACGGCCUAAUUUGGUGGAAACCAGUUGUCCCAAUAUACGAAUGGAUCCAAAGUUAUGCCCUGCUGAUCCAGACUGGAUAGCUUUCAUUCACAGCAAUGAUAUCUGGAUCUCGAACCUUGUAACCAGAGAAGAACGGAGGAUCACCUAUGUGCACAAUGAGCUAGCCAACAUGGAAGAGGAUCCCAGAUCAGCUGGAGUUGCUACUUUUGUUCUUCAAGAAGAAUUUGAUCGCUAUUCCGGCUAUUGGUGGUGUCCGCAAGCUGAAAGAACUCCUAAUGGAGGUAAAAUUCUGAGAAUCCUCUAUGAAGAAAAUGAUGAAUCUGAGGUGGAGAUUAUUCAUGUAACGUCCCCCAUGCUGGAAACAAGGAGGGCAGACUCAUUCCGUUACCCUAAAACAGGCACAGCAAACCCAAAGGUCACUUUCAAGAUGUCAGAGAUACUUGUUGAUGCUGAAGGAGGGGUUAUAGAUGUCAUAGAUAAAGAACUGGUUCAACCUUUUGAGAUUCUGUUUGAAGGAGUUGAAUAUAUUGCCAGAGCUGGAUGGACUCCAGAGGGAAAAUAUGCCUGGUCCAUCCUGCUGGAUCGCUCCCAGACUCACCUGCAGAUAGUUCUGAUGCCCCCUGAGUUAUUCAUCCCCGUAGAAGACGAUGCUAUGGACAGACAGAGACUUGUUGAGUCAGUUCCUGACUCUGUGACACCACUGGUCAUCUAUGAAGAAACAACAGACAUCUGGAUAAAUAUCCACGAUAUCUUUCAUGUUUUCCCUCAAACUCAUGAAGAUGAAAUUGAGUUUAUUUUUGCCUCUGAAUGCAAAACAGGUUUUCGGCAUUUGUAUAAAAUCACAUCCAUUUUAAAGGAGAGCAAAUAUAAGCGAUCCGGUGGUGGACUGCCUGCCCCAGGUGAUUUCAAGUGUCCUAUCAAAGAGGAAAUAGCAAUUACCAGUGGUGAAUGGGAAGUACUUGGCCGGCAUGGAUCCAAUAUCUGGGUUGAUGAAGCCAGAAAGCUGGUGUACUUUGAAGGCACCAAAGACUCUCCUUUGGAGCAUCACCUGUAUGUGAGCAGUUACGCAAACCCUGGUGAAGUGGUGAGGCUGACUGACCGCGGCUACUCGCACUCCUGCUGCCUCAGCCAGCAUUGUGACUUCUUUAUAAGUAAGUACAGCAACCAGAAGAAUCCGCACUGCGUGUCCCUCUACAAACUCUCAAGUCCUGAAGAUGACCCAGUUCAUAAAACAAAGGAAUUUUGGGCCACCAUUUUGGAUUCAGCAGGUCCUCUUCCUGACUACACCCCUCCAGAAAUUUUUUCUUUUGAAAGUACUACUGGAUUUACACUGUAUGGAAUGCUGUAUAAGCCUCAUGACCUGCAGCCCGGAAAGAAGUACCCCACUGUGCUCUUCAUAUAUGGUGGUCCCCAGGUGCAGCUGGUGAACAAUCGGUUUAAAGGAGUCAAGUAUUUCCGCCUCAACACCCUGGCCUCCUUGGGUUAUGUGGUUGUGGUAAUAGACAACAGGGGAUCCUGUCACCGAGGACUUAAAUUUGAAGGCGCCUUUAAAUAUAAAAUGGGUCAAAUAGAAAUUGAUGACCAAGUGGAAGGACUCCAGUACCUAGCGUCUCAGUAUGACUUCAUUGACUUGGAUCGUGUGGGCAUCCACGGCUGGUCCUAUGGAGGCUACCUCUCCCUGAUGGCAUUAAUGCAGAGGUCUGAUAUCUUCCGGGUUGCUAUUGCUGGGGCCCCAGUCACUCUGUGGAUCUUCUAUGAUACAGGAUACACGGAGCGCUAUAUGGGUCACCCUGACCAGAAUGAACAGGGCUAUUACUUAGGAUCUGUGGCCAUGCAAGCGGAGAAGUUUCCCUCAGAGCCAAACCGCUUACUCCUCCUACAUGGGUUCUUGGAUGAGAAUGUUCAUUUUGCACACACCAGUAUAUUGCUGAGUUUUUUAGUGAGGGCUGGAAAGCCGUAUGACUUACAGAUCUACCCUCAGGAGAGGCACAGCAUCAGAGUCCCUGAGUCUGGAGAGCACUAUGAACUGCACCUGUUGCACUACCUUCAGGAGAACCUGGGGUCCCGUAUUGCUGCUCUGAAAGUGAUAUAACUCGGACUUGCGUAGAACCCACUGUACAUUCUCUAAUCAAACAAGGAGGGUUAGUCAAUAGAGAAGCCAGAGUUGAUGAUCCUACUUUGGUACCUGCCACGUAAGAUCUACUUCUGAAAGUAAAUUUGGUGCCAUGCGGAAAUCUGCAGUUCAUGGAUAGUGAUCUAAUACCUUUACCAUGUACACAGAACUGAGUGCCGUGUUUCCAAGAGAUUCAGCAGUACCAUAGGAUUCUGAAAGAAGCAAGGCAUCAGCACACAUGCUCAUGCUAGCCUGUCUUCACUUUUACUAGCAGUGUAAGCCUCUUGGGCUUACCUAGGGGGUUUUACAGUAUACUUCUGAGUUUGUUAAAAUAUGACGAUGUAGUGAUUGCUUUGGUUCCAUGCCAGGAUCUCCGAUAGUUAUGGAUUCGCUAGCACUUAAGUCUAACUGAAUCACCUUAUGCUUCGUCACUUGGGGUGUAUCCAGCAUGUCAUGAACUAAUUACUAUUAAGCUUAUGACUUUCCCAGUCAUUAAUGAUUUUUCAAGGAUAACUUAGUGGCCUCCUAAAGAUACUUACUUGGGCUCUGACCAGUUUUUAACCAAUUUAAAUGGCAUCUAGUAUAAGUAAUUCUCAUUUUCUUUGAUGGUAUGAUGGAGUGGAGUUUCCUUUUGCAUAAAGGCAAGUAACUAUAGCAUGAGUUUAUCACAAGUCUCAAUGUUGACAAUUACAGGCAAAAAAAAUUUUUAAUCAAAUUAUUUGAGAGCUUGAAAAUUAGCAGGCAAGUUUUUUCUCCUUUUAGGAACAGAAAAUGUAUACAUUCACAUAUAUUCUGAAAAUAUAAUGGUGCCGUUUCCAUUUUACCUUUCCUUAAUUAAAGUGUUCCAGAGUUUCCAGGAGGUAGAAGGAUUACAGAGGGAAGGGUGAGACCCUGGUGCAGGAGUCAAUGGGAACAGGAGGGAGCAAGGCUCUGCUUAAGAACUGAGCAGAAAUAGUUGAGCAGAAAUACUCAUGAGAAAAAACCAGGGUAAAUGUAACUUUCCCAGUGGCUAAGAACCAGAGCCGGAAAGUCGGGCUUUGCCAGCACAGCUGCAGGGACAGUUACUUUUAUAAUUCUAGCUUUUUGUUAUUUUUCUUUUUAGCUUUAGAAACCUUACAGAUCUAAACUUUAACUUUUUUUAUUUGAAUGUAAUUUAGAUAUCACUAGCUUAAAAUAAAAUGGUUUCCAGAUCACUUCUUUGCCGUGCACGAAUCCCUGACAAACCAUGGCACUCUUUGUGUUGAAAGCCUAUCAGUAGUUUUGUUACUAGGCCAUGAUGUUCUCCUGGUUUAGCCUUUCUGCUUAACUAUGAAGGGACCGCAUGAGCUUUCAAGUGCUGGUUGUCAUCUUCCCUUUAAGGCCUUCCAGGAUUAGAUGGGAGCCAGGCACCUGUAGGUUUAACCCUUUUAAAUCACAAACGUCAGUGUUUAGAGUUACCAUAAUUUAAAAAUCACUCCAGGAAAACUCGCUGUGUUUCUUUUCCACUGCCACAUCAGGUCCCUUUCUAAGAGAGCACAGUGAGGGUGGGGACUGAGAGAGGUGGGUGGCUUGGGCAGCCUGGGAAAGCCGGUGCCUGUAGGCUCCUUUCUGUCCCUUUGACUAUGCCAGCUGUGUACUUACGCUGUAUGAUAGAUUCCACACUUUUUCUUAUUGUCUAUUUUGACUUUCAUGCUUAUGACAUUUUCUCGUGCCAAAAUUUGUUUAUAUUUUUCAAGUUAAAUUAAACUGAUUUGAGUAACUUUCCUUCCCCAACAAAGUAUUUCCCUCAUGAGUUAAGUAUCUCUCUUUUGACUGUUGGGGGUGGACCAGCUAGCCUCCAGGGGCUGCUGCUUACAUUCUAGGUAGGGGUGACUUUAAGUAGCUCCCAGCCACCCAUUUGAGACCUCUCACCCUCAUGUGUGCUUAGUAUGAGGCAUUCCUUGUUUUAUGCAAACAAUCCUUGGAAAAUCUCACUUACCCUAGAUUCUUCUGCCUCUCUCCGGCUGUCACAGGAGUACAUUUGACAACUGUCAUUUAGAUGCUGUCCUUCUCUAAAGGGGAAGGCGCUUGACUCACAUGCAGAAGCUGGCUUGUCACCACCAGUGUGAAAAGCAUCCAUCAGUUGGAGCAAUCAGAAACUGUUCUAACCGUUUGUCCUCUGACUGGAUGUCAGUGAAAGGGCAAGAGUCCGUGAAAGUUCAAGGUUGAUGGGAGCCAGAAAGCACUCUUGUUCCUCACCAAAGUGGGGUUUUCACAGGUUUGGUGACAAGUGCCCUUGAGCAGCAGGUAAAGGUACUCGAUGUGCAGAGCAGCAGGACACUAAGGUUCAUCCAGGACCUGAGCACAGGAAAUGGGAGUUGUGAACCUGCUCUCAGAGGCGUGCGCCCAUCAGUUUGGGUGGAAACCGGGAGUGUAAUUUCCAGCACUGCGCUUCCUGGCGCUUCUAGUCAGGUCUGCGGGCUGCUUUUGUAAACUUUCUGUAAAGAAUGCAGUUGCGGUCAGAGAACAGGUGACUUAUAUACGGCAGGUGGUUGUUAAAACCCAAAACAAGGCCUGAAAUUUUACUUGGGGAUAAUGGCUUUAUCUGUCCCUGGCUCUUCCAAAGCCUCAUCCAGGAAGACACAGCCACGAUGCACAGUUGUCCCUUUCAAACCUGUGAGCUGUGGAAGGGGGGAGGUAUGCUUUUGUUGAGGUAUUUCCUGCCUUUACCAUCCAGUUCUCUCUGCAGGUGGGAUGAUUCCAGUCAAAGCUCACGUUGUUGCAGAACCAUAAAAUUUCCAGCUGGAACAGAUCUUUAAUAUAACCCAGUGUUCUCAUUUGCUAGGGGGAAAGCCUGUGUUCUAGAGAGAAGGAAACACACCCAGGACCCCACAGUCAGUACUCAGAACCAGGCUCCAUCUGUGCCCUGCUUCAUGGUAGUUAUGUGAUAUUUAAGAAAGGUAGGGUUUUUAAAGAUUUAUUAAUGCAUUCUUAUAAAACAUCUUAAAGGAAACCACAUUAAAAAUGGUUAAUUUUUCCUUUCUAAGUAAAUGCUAAGCAUGCUUAUUAAUAAAGCAGACUGAUGAGUAUGUGACAUUCUGAAGUUAAUUGAAAUCAUUAUACUAAAUGUCUUCCUUGGUGUCAUGGGAGAUAGCGACAGAGUGCUUGCAUAAGCCCAGGGGUCCAUCUUACAGCUUACCUGAUGUGAGACCAGAGCUUCAGCCAAAUCUAAACCAUGUAAUGUGAGAGCGUCCUUGCCCAGCAGAUGGAAGGGAACUGGAAAAACCCCGUUCAGCCUUCCCAGCACCCCCCCCCCAACCACACUGACCUUUAGUGCAAGGAAGAUGCUCGGCUCUAGAGUUGUUCCAGAAGUCCCUUGCAGACACAGAAGCUGUGUUUGUAUGUUCAGUUUUAAAGAACCAUAAUACGAAUUUAUGUUGUUUUCAGCAAAGUUGGAAUUGGGGUCUCUUAAGCUCAGUGCGUCAAGUGCCUGCUGUUUCAGCACUGGCCUGUGCAUGACCUGCAUGUCUCCCUCCAGUAAGCGAAUGGGUCUCCUCAUUUUCAGCCCGUGGCUUUUAAUUGUGUGAUGUGAAGCAUUAGUUCUGCUGCAUUUUAUUACAGGUUCUUGGUUGCAAUAAAGAUGCUGCUGAAAUGAA